AUGACGAGGGGGAACGUCACGGGAGGGCUCCUUGACGGCAACGCCCCUACAGACGACCUCCUGGCUGCGCAGAGGCAGGUGCUGGCGACCACGCCGGGCCACGCUCUGCGCUGGGCGGCAUGCGUGCCCCCGUCCUGUGAGCCAGCAGACGUGGUGGUCCUGCUGCAGAAGCGGGUGGCCAGCCUGCUGCCCGGUGUCCAGGCAGACGCUGUAGCAGUGGACAUGCAGCAAAGCCUCUGCAGUGUCAACGAGACGUCGCCACUCGAGCCUAAGGACUGGGCCUUUCUAGGAGCCAUGGUCCUGGUAGCAGUCAUCCUCAUCGUUUCUACAGUCUGUGACAUCGUCACGUCAAAGAGCAAUCAACUGCAGAAAGGCAUGGUAUGGGAAGCAUUCUCGGUGCGCAGAAACUGGAUCUCUCUCACAGCCAUCAGUAAUUCGGGCUUCUGCAGCGUCCAUGGCCUCAAGUGCCUCACCAUGGCGUGGGUCAUACUCUAUCACGUCUACAAGAUUGACAACGUUACUCCCGCCAUCAACUGGGACACAACUGUUCCUUCGACGACUGACGACUGGACGACUGUUCCUCUGAUAAGUGGCGGGAGCCUGGCUGUGGACUCGUUCUUCCUGAUGAGCGGCAUGCUGGUGGGCUUCGGGUUCCUGAGGGAGCGCGCCCACGGCCAGCCCUUCGGCCUCUUCCGUUUCUACCUGCAGCGCUACCUGCGCCUGACGCCCCCCUAUGCCGUAAUGAUUUGGUUCUAUGCCACAUUCUUGCCUCGGCUUGGCAACGGGCCCCUUUGGUCUGAGGAGAUGGUGGUCGACAGUGAGCAAUGUACCCGCCACUGGUGGCACAACUUGCUGUAUGUCAACAACUACGAGGUUAGGCCUAACUUGUGCAUGGACCACACGUGGUACCUGGCAGUGGACAUGCAGCUGUUCUGGGCAUCACCGUUGCUGCUAUGGGCACUGUACAAGUGGCGGCGGGCUGGCCGCGUUCUGCUGUUGGGCAUUGUGUUCGCCGCGUCUGCCGCCGCCUUUGCCAUCACCUUCUGCUACAGCCUGCCCUGGGGUGAUAUUCCUGGCUUCCCACACGAGCAGUGGGCGGAGUACGUGUCGCUCAUGUACGUGCCCACAUACUCGAGGAUCGUGCCCUAUGUGACUGGUGUGGGUCUUGGUUGGGUCCUCUUCUACAGCAAAGACAAGAAGUGCGGGAUGAAUGAGGUGGCGGUGAGUGCCUGUUGGGCAGCGUCGACGGCUCUGGCGCUGUUCGCCACGUACGGGCUGCACCUCAGCUACCACAGGCCCUACAGCAGGCUGGAGGCUGCGCUGUUCGCCACCCUGCAGCCGCUCGCCUGGGCCCUGUCCAUCUCGUGGGUCAUCUACGCCUGCGAGAAGGGACGCGCAGUGUUUCUGUUUGGCUUUGUGUCCGUUGUUGUUCCCAUUAUUCCUUCUUGA